UCAAACAUGUGUUAUGGGGGUUAAAAACCAAGCAUUAUAAUCGUAUUAACAUUAAGAAUACCAACAUAAUUAUGUUUCAAAUUGGGUCAUUUCAAUGAUUUUCCUGCGAUCAGAGUCAUUUCCCAAGAUUAACGUUUGGAUGUCCACUGUUACGAAAUAUCCCUUUUGCUCGCUAUGUAUGGUUCAUUCCGGAGUUUCGGCAGAAUACAUCGAUUGCUGAAUGAAGAUGGCGGAUUCACGAGCGAUGCUGUCAACUAGACUUGAAACUUAAGCAUUUGCAUAUUUUCUGUCAUUGUGCAUUUCAUGUGGAUAGCUGUCUUCCAAAGACGUACAUUGGUUUCGAAAGGCUGGACUGCUGAGUGUUGAAGAGGGCAGCGAUCCAACAUCGGAUGAAGCAAUUCUGAGGCUAUUCAACUCCGACACCGAAGGAGAUGACUUCAGUGGUUUCAGUGCACAGGAGGAAGAAGAUAGUGACCAAUGACUUUCUUGGCCCUCGUCUUGCAUGCUGCACACUCUGAGGCCUUCUGAGACUGACGGACAGACAGACGCAACACGCCUGAGGGACAGACACAAGGACAGCACCAGAGGAAGUCUCCACGGCAACAAGAGGUCAGAGACUGUCUCCCUGCCUGACCGACUCCGUCAGAUAAGGCCGACACACCAGUUUUCAGGCGUGUUCCUCUCUGCCGCCUUCAAGAUGAACAGGUUGGGCCUCCACAGGGGGCAGUGUUGAAGGCUGAGCCCCAGCCCGCCGAACCCCCAGCCGAGACUCUGCUGAACCCAACACACACGCACAGAAGGUCUGCCACACACACAACCUGAGAGCAGGAGCUACACCCCCACGAUACAACCAGCAUCUCCUGAUAACGGCCGUGUUUACGUGUGUACGAGGGAGCUGUGUGGUGUUCAGUGACGGGGAAAGGAGAGAGGAGAGAAACUGCUGAUCCGCCGAGAGGAGAGGAGGGGAGCGAGCGGAAGAGGAGGAGGAGUGUGUGAGGAACGCAGAGGGAGAAACCCAAUCCUCUUAGGUAGCAGAGCUGAGAGCUGAGGACGGGCGUGCCUGGGAGCCAGAGAGAGAGAGGUAGGAGAGUGCAGAGAUAGAGGGAGCCCAGAGACCAGCCCAGGCUGAGUCGGAGCAGCCAGACAGGCAGCGCGUUGUGCAUCCAAAGAGGUGGAAAGGCGAGCAGGGCCAAAGCCGGAAGGCGACUCAUGGGCUAUGGGGGCCAUGGUGACCUAGCGUAAAUGGCUAUCCCUCAGCACAGCUUGGUGCCCGUGUCUGCUGCUCAACCCUCCCCCUCUCUCUCCUCCUGUGUCCCUGCCCGCUGCUGUGCCCCGUUGCUGUUCGUCCCUGGCGCUGCCUUCUGCUCUGCGCCGGCACUGCCCCUGUCGUGCUGCGGCCAUGGUGGCCAGCCUAUGGAAGCUGGUGCGGGGUGUCAGGCAACUGGAGCUCCAUCGCCUCAUCCUGGCACUCAUCGUCUUCUGCCUUUUCUCUAUGGCUUUCCUGGCCUAUUACGUCAGCAACAGCCCCAAGAUCAAGGAGGCCCCCCCGCUGCCCUUCAGUGACUGUCGGGGGGUGCCGGCGGCUGUGGGAGAUGGGCAGCAGGCGCCCCUCUUCCUGCCUCACUCGGGUCGGCUGCGCCAGGUGAAGGCCAUGGACAACUCUCGUACAGACCCAGUGGUGCUGGUGUUUGUAGAGAGCAUCUAUUCUCAGCUGGGGCAGGAGAUCGUAGCCAUCCUGGAGUCCAGCCACUUUAGCUACCGCACCGAGAUCGCCCCGGGGAAGGGAGACAUGCCCACGCUAACGGAGCGCAACCGCGGACGCUACGCCCUGGUCAUAUACGAGAAUUUGCUGAAGUAUGUCAACCUGGAUGCCUGGAACCGCGACCUGCUGGACAAGUACUGCAUGGAGUACAGUGUAGGCAUCAUCGGUUUCUUCAAGGCCAACGAGAACUCGCUGCUCAGUGCCCAGCUUAAGGGCUUCCCUCUCUUCCUGCACUCACACCUGGGCCUGAGGGAUUACCGAAUCAACCACAACGCCCCACUGCUCUACAUCACCAGACCCAACGAGGUGGAGCAGGGCCCCCUGCCCGGGGACGACUGGACCGUGUUCCAAUCCAACCACUCCACCUAUGAGCCUGUCCUCCUGGCCAGCACCAAGUCCUCUGAUGCCCUGACCCACCUGGGGCCGCUCAGUGCUAUGCACGCCACCGUGGUCCAGGACCUGGGGCUCCACGACGGCAUCCAGAGGGUCCUGUUUGGAAACAACCUGUCCUACUGGCUGCACAAGCUGGUGUUUGUGGACGCCAUCGCCUACCUGACGGGCAAGCGGCUCUGCCUCUCGCUGGAGCGCCACCUGCUGGUGGACGUGGACGAUAUCUUCGUGGGCAAGGAGGGCACCCGUAUGAAGGUGACCGACGUAGAGGCCUUGCUCAAUACUCAAAACAAGCUGCGAACGCUGGUCCCUGAUUUCACCUUUAACCUCGGCUUCUCUGGAAAGUUCUACCACACAGGCACAGACGAGGAGGACCGGGGAGAUGACAUGCUGCUAAGGCACAGAAAGGAGUUCUGGUGGUUCCCCCACAUGUGGAGUCACAUGCAGCCCCACCUGUUCCACAACGUCAGCGUGCUGGCUGAACAGAUGAGGCUCAACAUGCUGUUUGCCCAGGAGCAUGGGAUCCCUACAGACAUGGGCUAUGCUGUGGCCCCCCACCACUCGGGGGUCUACCCUGUCCACAGCCAGCUGUACGAGGCCUGGAAGUCAGUGUGGGGAAUCAAGGUGACCAGCACAGAGGAGUACCCCCACCUCAGACCUGCCCGCUACCGCAGGGGCUUCAUCCACAGUGGCAUCCAGGUGUUACCCAGACAAACAUGUGGACUCUUCACUCACACUAUCUUCUAUAACGAGUACCCAGGAGGCUCCAAAGAGCUGGACAAGAGCAUCAGGGGAGGAGAGCUGUUCCUCACCGUCCUCCUCAACCCUAUCAGCAUCUUCAUGACCCACCUGUCUAACUACGGCAAUGACCGGCUGGGCCUGUACACCUUUGAGUCCCUGGUGAAGUUUGUUCAGUGUUGGACCAACCUGCGGCUGCAGACCCUGCCCCCCACGCAGCUGGCUGACAAAUACUUCCAGAUCUUCCCUGAGGAGAGGGACCCCCUCUGGCAGAACCCAUGUCAGGACAAGAGGCAUAAAGACAUCUGGUCGAAGGAAAAGACCUGUGAUAGACUACCCAGGUUCUUGGUCGUAGGCCCACAGAAAACAGGCACCACAGCCCUGCACUCAUUCCUGAGCCUCCACCCUGCCAUCACCAGUAGCUUCCCCAGUCCUGUCACCUUUGAGGAGAUCCAAUUCUUUAGCGGGCCCAACUACGACAACGGCAUUGACUGGUACAUGGACUUCUUCCCCUUCCCAUCGAAUGUCAGCACAGACUUCAUGUUUGAGAAAAGUGCCAACUACUUUGACACGGAGGUAGCCCCUAAGAGAGCGGCGGCCCUGCUGUCCCGGGCCAAGAUCCUGGCUGUGCUCAUCAACCCAGUGGACCGCGCCUACUCCUGGUACCAGCACCAGCGGGCUCAUCAGGAUCCAAUGGCCAUCAACCACACAUUCCAGGAGGUGGUGACAGCGGGGCCUGCCUCCCCCCGAGAGCUGAUCAUCCUGCAGAGACGCUGCCUUAAACCUGGGGCCUACGCCACCCACCUGGAGCGCUGGCUACACCACUACCAGCCCAGCCAGGUGCACAUAGUGGACGGGUCCCAGCUGCGUUCCAACCCUGCCCUGGUCAUGGAGGGCAUCCAGAGGUUCCUGGGGGUCACACCCAUCUUCAACUACACUCAGGCUCUGACAUACGAUGAAAGUAAAGGGUUCUGGUGCCAGCGGGUGGAAGGUGGACGACCCAAGUGUCUUGGCAAGAGUAAAGGCAGGAAAUACCCUGACAUGACCCCUGAGUCGCGUGCCUUCCUGACGGAGCAUUACCGGGAGCACAACAUGGAGCUGCUGAGGCUGCUGAACCGGCUGGGCCAGCCCCUGCCCGCCUGGCUAAGAGAGGAGCUGCAGAGCUCCAGCUGGAGCUGAGAGUGGAACCACAGUCUGGAAUGGAGCACUGCCCCACCCGGCUUGGCCCGGGGGGAGAGGGCCCUGUUCACCCACACCCACACCAGUCACUACAGAGGGUGGAUGAGGUGAGAGGGCGGGAGGACAGCCCCCUAUCAGGACAAUGGACUCCGAAACGCCACUGUAACAACCAAACCUCAUGGGUGGAAUAAUGACCUCUAAUAAGAGAGUUAAUGAGUUGGACUGAAACACCUUGCAGUCGCACACAUGGUCUUCAUCCAGAAAGUAGAGGCCUUGUCUAAGCCUGCAGACGAUUAGACUGACUGAUGCCAGGGUCUGGUAGACUGGGGGUGGGGAGGUCUAAUGUCACCAGACCAUUAGAAUGACUGAUGCCAGGGUCUGGUAGACUGGGGGUGGGGAGGUCUAAUGUCACCAGACCAUUAGACUGACUGAUGCCAGGGUCUGGUAGACUGGGGGUGGGGAGGUCUAAUGUCACCCGACUAUUUAACAGGAACUGAACUCACAGGAUAUCCUGUGGCCCUGUAGCGCAUGAAUGAGCUCGGAAACAUACGUGGUCACAAGAUCACACACACACACUUCUCAUUUCUUCAGAAGAAUGAUUGUAAAACGUUGUACAUUUUAAAUCUGUUGUAUAUUUUGGGCGGGGGGGGGGGAUGUGACAGAAUAGACAUUGACUAAACGAGACAGCGUACUGUAAUGCUCUGGACAGAGGCGUGUGCCGUAGGAUGGAUGUGGGGUAUUAAUCACAUGCCACAGCACCUCCAGACUCUCUCUGUGCAUUCCACUACCCCAUAGCUGAGGCCAUUCUGACAAACAAACUGUCUACUAAAGGCCACAGUCGACAGAGAAACCACACACUUUAACAUGCACUUUCCCCAACUCUCACAUAGGUACCCAGACAGUUUAGAGCUGCGUAGAGAGAGGAGGAUAAGCUAGAGGGAGAUGGAAAAAGAGAGGGUCUAUGUCUCUCUGCCUGUGACUGUCUGUCUUAACAGGAGCUGCUGUCUUGUUUGGUUUAUUUUGUAAAAACUACAAAACAAAGACCAACGCUGUAUCAUCUCUAAUAAACUCAGAGAGGUUGGAAUGGAUUGUUUAUUUAUUAAAUUUUUUUACCCACAGCUUCUGCAUGUCUGUCAAUGCAGGAGCCACUGUCUUUUACCCAUCUGAUGCUGUCUACAGAAGACUGGAAUGGAAACGGCAGUACCUCCAGUGUUUGACGGACAGGAGACGAGAGGUACAUAUUAUAGUCUGCAGUACAGUAAUUCUACUCUUCGGGAAGGCAUCUUUUCAAUGUAUUAUUCCACAGGAUCUAUCAUUUAUGUAAGUGAUGAAGUCAGAGACCCUGGUGUUUGGAGACUAUAUUGGCACGGGUGUUAGGCUCGGGCCGGCAAACCGUGCCAAUAUAUCCUCCAAACACCGGCUUUGAGGGCAGUAUCACUUAACUAUGUCGCAUGACGAAUCUGUGUGAAACCUGUUAAAUGGGCAGAUCAUGUUCAUUAUUCACGGUCCAGUGUUAACAAGGGACUUGACCACAAUCUCCAAAGUCCCUUAGCUGGAUAGACUCCAGUAGGAGUGCGUGGGUAAAAUCACUGGGGAAGCCAAGCCCCCCUCAAAAAAUAAGCCAUAUAACAAGCAAUGUGUUACCUUACUCUGCAUUGGUUUGGCACAGACAAGAUACAUUUCUAUCCUGGAUGGAUGGACUAGCACACACUUACUUACAUGAAAAUGACAAAACUGACCACUUAUGUUGAAAUGUAAUUUUAAUGAAAUACUUCUCAGAUUGUUUCCAUAAUAACAAAGCUAUGAUGAUCUACUAACAUUCAAACAAACACUUGAUCGUUUAAGUCAUGGUUUUAUUUAUUAUAUGGUCAUGCAAAAAUCCAGCAUCCAAAUGAAAACGGAGUAUAGUCAUAUGUAUCCUUACUAUAUGAUUACAGUGAAGUAAAUAUACCUUUUUUAUUUUAUUUUUUGUACUUUUUUUUAAACGUGAUAUCACUUCAUUUCAAUAUUUGAGACGGAGACAUUUUCAUUGACCUUGAGGAUGCAAGUAACAUAUAGAUUUCCAUUUUUGUAAUCAAGUAAACACAGACAGUGAAAAAUAUUACCAGAAAGUAGACAUGCAUAUUUCUUUCUCUUGUAAAACUGCAUAUAUAGUUGUUAAAGUGUGUGGCUUUUAAUGUAUUUUUCAGUAUUUGUUUUUGUAAGUAUAUCAAGGCCCUCUUCCUGUCCUGCUAGCUAGUUCGGUAGGCUAUAGUAUAAUCCAAGGUUAACUAUCCUUCCCUCAAUAACUAUUUCUCUCCUCUUCUUCCCUUUGAAUUAUUUUGAAGAGUUGAAGUAAACCGCAUAGUAGUUCUCAUUCCCAUGGCUGUGUGAACACCGACGCAAUGAAUGGAAGCAUCAGGCCCAGUGGGAGAGAGAGAGGCCAGUGCCCACAGCACAAAGUCAGGAAAAACUAUUUGAGCCAAAAAAACAUCACACAGUUCAGUACUGUAUACAUUGCAUUAUGGUGCAAAAGGGAAACAGUUUCAUGGCAGGUAUGUCACAAUGCGCAGUAGGGUGGGCGGGGCCAGUUGUGACCAUGAUAUGAACACCGAGCACAGGUUUUGUUUUAACGCGUUUCAUUCAACAUAUUUUGAUAUAAUUUUCUAUGACCAAGAGUCUCAUCGGUAGGUUGUUGUCUUUUCGGUGCCCGGCCUUCCACAGGUUCAAUGGAACGCCAGUACUAUGGAACUGCUUAGCACAGAAAUGAAGGGGUUAACAGCAAGCAUCACCCCUCUGGCGGUACAAAGUCACAAGUUGCUACAACACAGUGAAAAACAGUGUUCCAAUGUUUUACCAUUAUCACAAAGAUAUGUUUUUAAAGGGAGAUUGUUUUUAGCGUGUAUUUUUGUGUGUCUCUCAUAACAAACAAAUAAAUGCAACAAUUUCAAAGAUU